AUGGACAUGAAGGCGCUCCAAAUCGGAUUCUACUCUUGUGGCUUCAAAUCUGGACAAGGAACUCUUCUUGCGAAUACUGGCACUUUUUAUUUCUCAGGUUGCCGAAUCGAGGGUUCUUCGGAUUUUGUUUGGGUUUAUGGAGCUGCCUUCAUCAGUAAUUCAAUUAUUGUCUCAAAUGCCCCUGGUUACACCAUUUCCGCUCAGAAUUAUGUCGCUACAUAUCCAUCUCGGCUCGUCUUUGAUCAGUGUGCUUUCGUCCCGAGUACUACUACCUCCAUGAGCCAAUCAACGUACAUAGGCCGGGAUUAUUCAGUCUCGGCAAGAGUUGCAGUCACAAACUCUUACCUGGAUGCCCACAUCAAGCCCAUCGGGUGGCUUAUCAAGUCUACUUCUGCGAAUGUUACUUUUGCUGAGUCCAACAAUACAGGACCUGGGUUCGUGCAAUCUUCAAGGCCGGCCCAAGUCCAGAUAUUAACAGAUGGCGGCGCUUACUCUGCUGCCAGCGUAUUGGAGGAUGUUAGCUGGAUCGAUAGCGCUGCCACUGUUCCAUUCUCGGGAUUUCCAGCAUCCUUAUUUGCAGUGUCAUCCUCAACCACAUCAGCUACAUCCUCCACUGCGUCUUCGACGAAUACUGCAAAGCCAUCCACAGAUACCUAUGUGGUGUCCUUGACACCCACAGACGGACAAUAUGGGAGUGUACAAGCGGCAAUCUCUGCCCUUCCCUUCGAUGGAGCGGAGAAGACAAUUUUUAUUUUGCCUGGGACCUACACCGAGCAGAUCAACAUCAACCGUACAGGAAAAGUGAUGCUACUAGGAAUGACCAACUUCGUCAACGAUUUUUCACAAAACCAAGUGAAGAUCCAGUUCACCUAUGGCGUGUCUACCAGCGCUGGCCAGAACGAAUUGACACCUGUUAUCAACACUAAGAAGACCGAUGGCAGUGGACUGGCGUUGUAUAACAUCGAUUUUGUCAAUACAUUCCCGCAGACCAAUAGCUAUGCUGCGCUUGCUGCUGAUUUUUAUGGGACAAAUAUGGCGGCGUACGGUUGCUCGUUCAUUGGGUUCCAAGAUACUCUUCUCGCCAACAAGGGUACUCAAGUGUUCUCCAAUUGCUACAUCGAAGGGUCAGUUGACUUAAUCUGGGGAUUCUCGCAAGCCUACUUCGGACAAUGCUACAUUGCUACAAAUACACCUGGCUCUUGCAUUGCUGCACAGAGUAGAUCGUCCGCCAGCGCAACCGGAGGAUAUGUGUUUGAUGCUUGCGCUGUCACUUACACAGGCACAUACGGUUCUUUUUACGGAUUGUUGUAUCUAGGCAGACCAUACAGCAAUUUCUCUGUCGUCGUCUACAAGAACUCGUAUAUUGACAAGCACAUCAACGCUGCUGGAUGGAAUGUGUGGUCCAAGACCAACCCGCAGACUAGUAAUGUCCUUUUUGGGGAGUACAAUAACGUUGGCCCUUGUGCAUGGAGUGCGUCCACUACCAGAGCAUCCUUUGCAACGAACCUCACAGCCGCUCAGGCUGCAGUAUACGACUUGCCUAGUUUCCUGGGCAGCACGUCUUGGAUCGACACUGAAGCUUACAACUUCGUUCCAUCAUUUAAUUUUUCCUCAAGCGGACUCAGCGGCACUCCAACAUCAGCACAUCCCACUCCAUCAGCUACCUCCACGGCCAAUUCUACGGUCAUCCACCCUUCAAGUGGCACAACGCCUCCUGCAGGUGCGGUCCUGGUCUCUUUUGGUGGCACAAUUACAAACUCAUUUUCAAGUCUGACAUCUGCAUUGGCCUCUCUUCCCGCCGAUACAAACGCUCAGACUAUUUUCAUGUAUCCUGGAGUUUAUACCGAGCAGUUAUCUGGUAACAGGAAGGGUCCCGUCACCGUUAUUGGGUAUCAGUCUGCAAGCGUUGGAAAGACGUACACCUCCAAUCAAGUCACCCUCACAUUUGCUCGAGGUCUCUCCGUUGUUGCACUAGUUGCUUCAGGGCAUACGAAUGCCGAAACAGCUGUAGUUGCCACUGCGUCCACGAAUAUUGCGUUCUACAACAUCGAUUUCAUCAACACUGACAAUCUGAAUGGGGCUAUUCCCUCUUACGUGACCCUCGCAGCAUCGAUUUACGGUGACCAGAUUGGAUUCUACGGCUGUAGCUUCGUCGGAUGGCAAGACACUAUUCUCACAGGAAAUCCUUCGGGCUUUGCAUACUACGAGAGCUCAUACAUUGAUGGCGCAAUCGAUUUUAUCUGGGGCUACUCAAUGUCAUAUUUCAAGGGAUGCACGAUCGGAGCAAAGAAAGCAAAAUCUGCAAUCACUGCUCACAGCCGAGCUAGCGUAUCUGCUGUGGGCGGAUAUGUAUUUGACCAGUGCCUCUUCACGGCCGCGGCCAAUACGACUGUCGAUCUCAAUCAACAGGUCUAUUUAGGACGGCCUUACAAUGCUUACGCUAGAGUUGUGGUAAAAUACUCCUACCUAGAUUCAAUUAUCCAACCUGCUGGCUGGAAAGUAUGGUCUGCAACGGAACGGAUCCACGCACAGAUUAUGUCACAUUUGCCGAAUACCAGAACACAGGACCCGGUAACUGGGAGAACAAUACUGCAGCCCGUGUUGGCUUUGGCAAUGCAACGCUGCUGA